UCUUUAAAAAAAAUUAAAAAGACCAGUACUCCAAGAUGGCGUCAGUCGUACCAUUGAAGGACAAGAAACUUCUGGAGGUCAAACUAGGAGAGCUGCCAAGCUGGAUCUUGAUGCAGGACUUCAGCCCUAGUGGCAUUGUGGGAGCGUUUCGAAGAGGUUACUACCGGUACUAUAACAAAUAUAUCAACGUGAAGAAGGGCAGCAUCGCGGGGAUUACCAUGGUGCUGGCAUGCUACGUGGUCUUCAACUACACCUUUUCCUACAAGGAGCUCAAGCAUGAGCGGCGACGCAAGUACCACUGAAGAAGACAAGCUCUGCACUCCCCUGCACGACCUUCUUGGCUUGAGCCCCUCCAUAAGGAACACAGUCUCGAUUAUUGCUGAAUCCUUUCGUAUCCUAAUGGAAUUAACCUCCAAAUAAAAGAUGACUGGUAAAAAAAAAAAAAAAAAAAGAAUCAUCAAAAAUUAUAGCUGAAAGAAAUAAAAUAAUCCUAUCAAAAAGCAGGCUAAGAACAUGAAUAGACAAGUCUUUAAAGAAGAUAUACAAAUAAAAAACAAAACAUGUAAAAAAUGCUCAGCAUCACUAAUUAUCAGAGAGAGGCAAAUCAAAACCACAAUUCAAUAACACCUUACUCCCACAAAAAUGGCCAUAAUAAAAAGAAAUCAAAAAAUAAUAGAUAUUGGCAUGGAUGUGGUAAAAGGGGAAAGGUUUUACACUGCUGGUAAGAAUGUAAACUAGUACAACCACUGUGGAAAACAGUGUGGAUGUUCCUUAAAGAGCUAAAGGUAGAUCUGCCAUUUGAUCCAGCAAUCCCACUACUGGGUAUCUACCCAGAGAAAAAUCAUUAUAUGAAAAAGAUAUUCGCACACUUAUGUUCAUAGCAGCAUAAUUUGCAAUUGCAAAAAUAUGGAACCCAGACCAAAUAAAUGCCCAUCAAUCAAUGAGUGGAUAAAGAAAAUGUGGUAUAUAUUUAUACCGUGGUAUACUACUCAGCCAUAAAAACCAUAAAAAGGAAUGAAAUAACGGCAUUCACAACAACCUGGAUGGAGUUGGAAACCAUUAUUCUAAGUGAAGUAACUCAGGAAUGGAAAACCAAACAUCAUAUGUUCUCAUAAGUAGCAGCUAAGCUAUGAGAUUGCAUAGGCAUAAGAAUGAUACAGUGGACUUUGGGGACUCAUGGGGAAGGGUGGGAGCAGGGUGAGGGAUACAAGACAACACAUUGGGUACAGUACACUGCUCUGUUGAUGGGUGCACCAGAAUCUCAGAAAUCACCACUAUACAACUUAGUCAUAUAACCAAAUACCACCUGUUUCCCGAAAACUAUUGAAAUAAAAAAUAAAAUUCUAAGCCCAGCUAUUUGGGAGGCCAAGAUGGAAGGAUCACUUGAGGCCAGGAGUUCAAGGCCAGCCUGGGCAAUAUAGCAAGACCCCCAUCUCUUAAAAAAAAAAAAAUACAAAAUCUAGCUGAGUGCAGUGGUGAACGCCUAUAAUCCCAACUACUUGGGAGGCUGAAGUGGGAGGACUGCUUGAACCUGGGAGGUGGAGGUUGCAGUGAGCCAGGAUUGGGCCACUGCACUCCAGCCUGUGUGAAAGAGUGAGAUCCUGUCUCAGGGUGGAAAAAAAAAGAAAGAAAGAAAACAAUUAGCCAGUUGUUGCAACAUGCACCUAUGGUUUCAGCCACCUGAGAGGCUGAAGUGGGAAAGUCCCUUGAGCCAAGGAGUUUGAGGCUGAAGUGAUCUAUGAUCAUGCCACUACACUUCAGCCUGGGCAACAGAGUAAGACCUUGCCUCUUAAAUUAACAAACAAACAAACAAAACCUAGGAUUCUUAUUUAAAAUGUAAAAUAUAGGCUUCUAGAUUCUGCCCUCAGAGGUUGUGAUUAAGUGAGUCUAGAAGGAAGUCCAGCCCAGAAAUCUGCAUUUUUAACAAGCUCUGCAGUUAACCAUGAUUCUACCACUGCACUCCAACCUGGGUGACAAAGCAAGACAAAGAUGACAAACCCUAUAUCCAAUAUAUAUAUAUAUAUAUAUAGAGAGAGAGAGAGAGAGAGAGAGAGAGAGAGUGUAAUGCAGGGCCACAAUUUAAAGUAAUAAUGUUCUACAGUCCUACCUACUUCAGUGAUUUCAGUCAUCACUUCCAUGCUGGUUACUCUCAAGUAUUUUAUCAUCCCAUUUGUGAAUUUCCGCUUAUUUGGACCAUACUUUGUGAAUCUUAAGACCAGAAGCAGAGCUGAUAAUCAACUAGUGUGUCCUUGCUUUUAGUUAUUGAAAUAACAAAAUACUUGCAAAAACACUGGUAAGUAGCUCUACACUAAGAUCCUAUCAGUUCCACCACAGUCUCAUCUGUCCUGGCCCUUCUCCUGAGACCCGCUGAGACCUGCCUGUAAUCCAGCAACAAAGAGGUCAUACCUGGCGCAUACAGUUUCACCAGUAUUCUAAUUGGUUGAAAUGUUUCAGUUAAAUAUUAUCCUUGUUAAAGAUGAUAAUGUAAUUGCAUGGGAACGUGAGAGAAGGAACUGCUUUUAGUGGAGAGGAUUAUAAGUUCAUGACGAAAGUGAUUUACAUAUUAGUUUGGAUGGAGUGGCCUACAUCAAGUCCAAGAUCACUAGGACUGUAUUCUUCAAAUCUGUCUGAUUAUCAGAAUCUGAGACCCAACCCUGAGAAAUUUUGAUUCAGUAGGACUGGGGCCCACUAGAAUAGUAGAACCCCAAAAUCACUUUUUUGUUUGUUUUUCUGGGUUUUUUGAGACAGUGUCUUAUUCUGUCACCCAGGCUGGAGUACAGUGGGCCACACAUGCUUCCUACUUCAGCCUCUUCAGCAGCCGGGACCAAAGGCAUGUACCACCAUGCCCGACUAAAGAUGUUAAUGUUAUAAUCAAAGUUAAGGACCAGAAGUCUUACUUUCAAAAGGUAUCUUUAUAACAUAAAACCUAUAACCUCCUUACUCUGGAUAAUAAAUACAACACUGUUGUCAGUGUUACAGAUAUAUUUCCUUAUAAGCCUGUUUUUAGGCUUCUGAAUCCCCAAAGUUAAUUUUCAUUCCUUAGGAAGAAAGUACAUGUCUCUGAAUAAAAAGUGAUGCUAAUUUCCAUGUUUGAAAUAAAUGUAAUUUACUAGAAUUUAAUUCCUUCAAUACAGUUUUCAAAAAUCUUCCUGAAACUGUAAUAAUUACUAUCUAAAAACUUUUGCAAUUGCUCACAUAGCCUAUUGUUAGUAAUCAUUUCCUUAUAGGAAAGCCUUAGUAAUUAGUGACUCAGGAAUCAUGUAAGUAAUAAGUGACUCUGGAUUAAACCCAUGACACAACAUUUUAUAGAAGUGUUAUUCUUCUUUUGUUUCAAUAACCUGUACAUAUGAUUCCGAGAAAAGCAACACUUGAUUAAAACAUAAUUAUAUCUUUUGAUUCAAAUACUAAUUUAACUUAGAUGAUAACCUAAAAUUACAAAAUUUCUCUUAAAAUUCAAAAACACAAAUAUAAAGGUGACUACAUUUUGCUGUGUUUUUCCUACAUGGGGAGCUUUUUUCUUGGGGAGUUUACUUUCACAGAAACUAGAAAUGAAGUUCUUUAUUGCCAGGAAUAAAACCAAUACUGCUGAAUGGAAUUCAACAUUGAGUUGCUUUCUGUGUAUAAAAUAUAUGCAAGAGAUACUUUCUAGGAGUGGUGGUAGUUUGUACACAACCAGUCACAUAUCUUUGCUUAAUAUUUGAAAUCAUGCUAUGAAUGAAAAAUAUGCCUACUUGAGGUCCCACAUGGGGCAACACUUUGGUACAACUUCUCUAUGCUCUCAAUCACUGGGGAAAAUGUAAAAAAAAAAAAAAGUGAUUUCUGGCUGGGCGCAGUGGCUCUCACUUGCCUGUAAUCCCAGCACUUUGGCAAGCCAAGGUGGGCGGAUUGCUUGAGGUCAGGAAUUCAAGACCAGCCUGGCCAACAUGGCAAAAUCCUGUCUCUACUAAAAAUACAAAAAUUAGCCUGGUAUAAUGGCACAUGCCUGUAAUCCCAGCUUCUUGGGAGGCUGAGAGCACGCCACUGCACUCUAGCCAAGGCAACAGAAUGAGAUUCUGUCUCAAAACACACACACACACACACACACACACACACACACACACAUACACACACACACACACACACACAUAUAUAUAUACCUAAUUUAUGUAACUACUUUCAUGAAAAAAAUUGAACUAAAGUAAUUAAGACUGUGCUGUAUGUUUUAUGCAAUUGAAAUUAGGUUUGAUAUGUUUUAAACAGCUCAUUCUGAACAGAAGUUAACUACAGUUCACAAAUGUUCUUAGUUAUUCCCUUAGUUAUUUCCCCACACACACACUUGGACUAUUCUGCACUUUGAAACACAAAGCAACUUGUCAGUUUAGUUUAUUCAGUUAGGGUCAGUUCUGUGAAAACAAAACCAAGGCAAUUGUUUGAUUUAAUUGACUAGAGAAACUGGUUAUACAGGUUAGUAGAACUUAGUUUUAUUUUUGUCCAGCUGCAUAUUUGAAUGUUCAUAGAGUAACUUACUACAAUAAUAAGAUUCCAGUGACACUGUAAUAGAUUUUUAAAGAAUGAUUAUCAAAGCAAAGAAAAAAAUACACUAAAACCCAAACUAUAGAAACUAUUCAUAGAUUUUUUUUUUGGGGGGGUAUUUUUUCUUUAUGGCUGCACUUUCACUGUAAUGAAAUAUGUUCCUUCCAAAAAGUAGUCUUCUUUUCUUUCACUAUUCAUUUCCUUUUCUUUUCUUUUUGAGGAAUUUUUUUCCUGUACUAUAGUUAACAUAGUUAUCAGAAUUUUCCUGUACAAUUUAGAUGAAUAAAUGCUUUUAGAGAAUAGUUCUCUAAGUGCAAGCAGACAUCCUCUAACAGUCGGUCAGCCCCCUCUUGGCUUCAUUGUCCUCCUUACCUAACCAGUCUCAUGGCUGAUCAUUUUAACAAUGUUCUCACUACUAACCUUGAUUCUUUCUGCUUCCCACCAUAUUUACCACUAUAUCCAUCCCACUGUUCCCUGCUUCUUCAGCUCCUGGGCUUCAAAUCACUCAUUUUAUUAAAAUGAGUGGAAAACCAAAAAAUUGAAAUGCUAAAAUAUACUCUUAGGUCUUGAUCCUUUAAAAGUAUAUAGAUCUCAUGAACAUAAUUCAUUUGAGGAAAGAAAUACAAAUUUUUUCUUGUCCCAGGAAAAUAGUAAAUCUUUAACUUUAAUGGAACUUUUUAGCAAUUAUGAUAUAAAGAGGGGGGAAAAUAUUUAAACAUGUGUAAAAGGCUAGAAGUUUACCAUCAAAGAGUAUCUAAAGGUCAUAGAAUAGUUAGGAAUUCUGUCAUUCUGUUUUGUGUAAUAAGAUAUCCCCUUCCUGACUCCUUCACCCUAAUAAUAGGAUAUCCAUCAGUUUGGUUGUAAUUAUUCAACUAUAGAAUACCUUUUUCAAGAACUCAUUAUAUACCAAAGUAAGAGCUUGCUGACACUGAUAAUCCUUCAUUUCGUUUUGUAGUGACAUACAGUUUACAUUUGCUUA